ACCCGGGGAGGAGGAGUGCGUGGGUCUCCGUCCAAUCAAGGCGGAAGGUGGGCGCGCUCCCAGUCCGCGCAGGCGUCACUCUGCCGAUCUCGGCGCUCCUGCGCACCUGCGGGGCGUGGCCCCAGGUGUCCUUUCUCCGUUGUCUUCACCUACCUGCAUCUUGGGACCGUGGGGAGGACGCCCCAGAGCCGGAAGGAGAUGGCAGGUGAAAAGGGACUUUGCUGAAUAGAGUAUGUGGCUGUUUCAGGAAUCACUGGUUUUUGAAGACGUGGCCAUAAACUUCACCCCAGAGGAGUGGGCUUUGCUGGACCCUGCUCAGAGGAGGCUCUACAGAGAUGUGAUGCUGGAGACCUUCAAGAACCUGGCCUUCGUGGGUUUUUGCCCUCGAGUUAAAACCACUGGAUCAAGUCCUCAAUGGAAUAUUUUGGAGAACAAACUAUGCAGUGAUGAGAAAAUACUAAGAUUCAUAAGAAAUGAUUCUUGGUCUGUUUUUGGAGCAAAUUGGAUGUUUCAUAACAUUGGAGAUCACCAAACCCAGGAGAGGGAUUUGAGAAAUCAUUUGGCAGAGUGUCAUCAAUGCAAAGGUAAUGACAAUCAUCAAUGUGGAGAAACCCUGAACCGGAUUACAGAUUUUACUGUUCAAAAGGGAUAUCUGAGAUAUCCGACUGCAGUUCAGCCCUCUAAAUAUACUAAGUGUGGAGAAGCCUUCAGCGACCAUUCUUUCCAGAAGCAUCACCAAAGGUCUCACACUGGACAUAAAUCUUAUCCAUGUGAGGAAUGUGGGCAAGUAUGCAGCUCUGUCUCCCACCUAAGCCCUCCUGGAGGAACAGACAUUGUAAAGAAACCCUAUAACUGUCAGGAUGCUGGGAUAGCAUCUAAGAGAUUUGUGAAGAGUCAUAGUAGUAAACAGUCUUUAGAGUGUAAGAAAUGUGGACAAGUUUUCACUUGUCCCUCUUCCUUUCAAGAACAUAUGAGAAGCCACCAUGGACAGAAAAUCCACGUGUGUAAAGUAUGUGGGAAAUCCUUUAUGUAUUAUUCCUACCUUUUAAGACAUGUGAGAACUCACACUGGAGAGAAACCCUAUGAAUGUAAGGAAUAUGAGAAAACCUUCCAAUAUCCCACAUUCCUGGGAGGACAUGUUACAAUACAUACUGGAGAGAAACCUUAUGUUUGUGCAGAAUGUGGGAAAGCCUUCAGUUGUCCCAAAUAUUUCAGAAGACAUCUGAAAACCCACAGUGGAGUGAAACCCUAUGAAUGUACAGAAUGUGGGAAAGCCUACAGUUGUUCCUCAUCCCUUCGAGAACAUGUGAGGACACACAGCGAAGAGAAACCCUAUGAAUGUCAGCACUGUGGCAAAGCCUUCAGGCAUCAGCGAUAUUUUAAAAAGCAUGUAAGAAUGCACAGUGGAGUGAAACCCUAUGAAUGCACAGAAUGUGGUAAAGCCUACAGCUGUUCCACAUCCCUCCGAGAGCAUGAGAGAAUACACACUGGGGAGAGACCCUUUGAAUGUCAGCACUGUGGGAAAGCCUUUACUCGUAACGCCUCUCUUCGAGGACACAUGAGAACACACAGUGGGGAGAGAGCCUAUGAAUGUACCCAGUGUGGGAAAGCCUUCUGUUGGCCCUCAUCCUUAAGAAAACAUGUAAGGAUGCACAGUGAGGAGAAACCCUAUGGGUGUCAGCAGUGUGGAAAAGCCUUCUGGUAUCCUGCCAAUCUGCGAGGACACAUGAGGACACACACUGGGGAGAAGCACUGACUGCAGGGACUGUAGGAGAGACCUCAUUCUCUCUCUUGACUUAUAAUGUGAGCAACACACUGUAGAAAAGCCUUAUGAAUGGGAAAAUGUGGAAAUGUCUUCAGCACUUCACUUAUUUUGUACAUGAAGACUCAGGGCAUGACAGAAAUCUUUCAAUGGGUAUAAAUAUGGUUUUUCCUUUGUAAGUGGCUUGGCUUUAAUAGGAUCCCAGUGUAUUAAUUUCUAGUUCAUGUUGCUGAUCUGAAUGUUUAUGAUAAUAGCUAUCUUUCUAUGUACUCUUCAUCUGCACUACCUGCAUUUUGUUAUCUCAGACUUUGAAUAAUCAUGCAGUCUUAUAAA